CAGUUUCCCAGUAAAAGAGACUCCUCCUACUAGUAUGUAAUGAACUCUUAGCUAAUGCAUUUCAGACAUAUUCCUAUUUCAUUCAUAACGUAUCUCUAAGUCAUAAGGACCCAGAGGAAGAAGCAGUGGGAACCAGCCAGAAACACGAUCCACCACCAUCAUGAUUUCCAAGGCCGUAAAAUCCAUGUUGAAGGAAGUAGAUUCUAACGGUAGCCUGAUUCCUGUGUCCAGUCUGAACGACAGCUCUGGUAAACUGAAUCUCCUCUCACUCGUUGUGAAGACCAGGCCCAGAUGUGGAUGCUUCUGGCAGGAACCGAAAUACCAGUCCAGAGGCUUUUCCCUGAGUGAUGUGCUGAAACCCGGAGAACCUGAAGACGAACCUUUAAACCCAGAUGUCAAGGAGUCUGACUUCGUGGACCACAGUGGGACAUUUGGUGACAUAGAAGAAAUGAAGGCAGGAGGAAAUGUGGAGGGAUUGUUGGCUGAUUUAAAACUUAACAUGGCCUUAAAAUACUCUAACGAACAAGAGUCGUCCUUUGGCAGACUGAAGAAAGAGGAGGUGAAAGUGAAGGAGGUGGUUAACUACUCGAAAGACAAACGCCUGGACAUGACCCACCCUGUGAUCAAGCAGACCCGGGAGAAGCCCAGGGCAAUAUUAGGGGUGUUGACGGAGAGGAUUAUGACAUCACAACCUUGCCAGGUCACAAACAAAGUCCGGAAGCGUGGCAAUGCAGGAGCCAACAUCAGCGCCUGCGUGGCCCUGAGUGUGAAGGACUCUAUGAAGCAGAGCGGCAGUACUCAGACAGAUAGUGAUGUGUCGCUGAAGAUUCCUGAAUACACUGUCGUGGCCUACAGUCUGAUUGAACUCUACGUCAAAUGCAAUGGACAGUUUGAGCUGUGCCUCUUCUCCAACAAUGGGGGCUUUGAAAAGGUUACGUCAAAGGAUGACAUUGAAGAGGAUGGAAUUAUGGACCUGGGAGGCGACUCUGAUGCCAACAGCCCCUUAAAUCUGAACGAAGAACUGGAGAAACUGAGUGGUCAUUUCCAGCUGCUGUCAGUCCUGCCAGCAGCCAAACGGUCCUCUCUGCUCCAGCUCCUCAAGACAACCAUGGAGGACAGAGAGACAGUCAGUGUGCUGGAGAGUGUGCUGGAUCAGAUGUGUGAAGGUGAGACUCCUGACCUGGGUGACCUGGAAGAGUCUGAGAGAGAAACAGUCCAGGCCAUACUGGAUCUUGUAGACCAAUGUGUUGGGAAGGAUGAGGACGAGAUCAGAUCCUCACUUCUCAGUGCUAUCCACCUCAUUGUCAGUGCCAUGGACGGAAUGACAGAUGAAGGUCUCUCUGUGUUGGGAUCCUGUUGCAGUCCUCCAGUCUUACAGGCCCUGCAGAUCCUGGUGCAGCAUGUGGCAGCAGGGAGUGGGGAGACCCUCUCUCUGAGAGAUGCAGGUCUGGCUGUUCUGACUGAGGAGGAGCUGUAUCAGAGGACAGAGCGUCUCUUUGCCCUCUCCAAUGUAGAACUUGCCAGAUUGAAUGAGGACGCAGAAUUCACAGUGACUUCAGUUAUGUGUCCUGGACACCUUCCUCUUGUCAUGAGUAUCGCUGUGAAUGGCCUGGCCUCUUUAGGAUAGAUUGAGCCGAAUAGAAACAUUCCUUGUGCUACAAAGUGGAUAUAUGAACUGCACCGUAAGGUAAGAAUUUCAGAAAUGUCACAUUUGAUAACAUAUUGGUGAUGAUUGCAAAGAGACUUAGAGCAGGAGUAAAACAUAUCAAAAACAAGAUAAUGCACAUGUGUGAAGAAAAAUGUACAAAAUAAUAUUCCCACUACUGUACAUUAAUGAAUGACACAUUCCUACGUCAUA